AUGAUAAUGAUGAAACUGAUGCUGAUAGCGCUUGGGGCGUACCCUCUCUAUCAAGAUGAAUUGGCCGCUUUUGUCUGCAAUACCAACCAGCCAGGAUGUUCAAGCAUGUGCUUCGAUGCUUUUACAGCCGUCUCUCAAGUUCGUUUCUGGUUGUUUGAGUUUUUGUCUGUCCUGCUCCCUUUUUCAGUGUUUAUCAUCUGCAUCUUGCACAAUGUGGUCAACGAAGUUGUGGACGUCUAUGCUCUCCCUUGCACUUAUUGCAAACAGAUCAAAGCAUCCAUUGGCCUCAGAGUUACCGAAGCAACCUUCAGCGACCCAACAAAAAGCAAAGUCACUUGCGGGGCGCAUGAAUUGGCCAUCCCUGAUUUUUCACGGGCAUAUUUUGUUCAACUGGUCAUGAGAAUAAUAAUAGAAAUUGGUUUUGCAAUUAGUAGCUACCAUUUGUUUGGCUUCUUUGUUGAGAAAUUCUAUAAUUGUACUGAAGAAAUUUGUCCAAGCAAUAUAACCUGCUUUGUCCCUAGAACAACUGAAAAAUCUGCCAUGAUGAUUUUACUGUGGGCUGUCAGUACUUUCUCCAUAUUUCUUGGCAUUCUUGAUCUGAUUAUGGUUGUAAAAGAUUUUAGAGAUAAGCUGUUUGUAACUAGCAAGGCAAAGAUAUGCAGAACUCGCCAAAGAGGGGGAGGAAGCAGAGAUUUGUUCAACUUUGAUGACACUGAGGAUCCUACAAGUAUCCCCAUGACAAGAUACAGAAAGGAACGGCAUUGUGAAAAGGAGUUUGAAUUUUAA